AUGUACGAGUUCUUCUUCCUCAAUUUACUUGAUGAAGGAAGGGAAAAAAUACAUCGUGCUGGUGAGAGAGGGUGCGUGUUGGCAAAAUUUGUAGAUGCUAUGCUGAACUUAUCCUUUAGCGUUGAUGGUAGAGGAAUUGUUCACAACUACCAUGCUUUUACUCAUCAACAUGUUGAGGAGAUGUUUCAAAUCAUCACUAGUUGGGUUAUCUCGGGCAAUUGGGAUUACGAAAAACCUCCCAUGUUUCUAUUUGUGGCUGAAAGGAUAGAUCCUAAUGUGCCACAUGAUUGCUGGUGCUCCAACCUAGACCCUCCAAUGUUUGUAGUCUCCCAAGAUGGAUCAAGAUUACGGUGGAAAUGUGAUCGUUGUUUCUGGAAUUGUGCAGCUUGGGACUUCUGCGAUGCCAUACACUCGACUGCUCGUGCCUGA